UGGAAAAGAGGGUUUGUUGGAGUGCUGUUAGUUUAGUGCAGUGUUUAGUCCUCAAAGGCACCGAGCAAAACCACGUCGUUGUGCUUUCAGUUAGAAGGAGAAUACGUUGCAUUUAGUAGUUUGAGUUUAAUUGUGAGUUGUUGUUUUAGAUUUGAGUCUUUAGUGAUAAAUCAAGGUUAAUAAAUGCAACAGUUAUUGGUGGAGAAAGCCAUGACUGCAGACAGCAGCAACGGACUGAAUAACAAGAAUGACUGCAAAGACUACAGAAGAAAUCGACUGAUGGUCGGACUGGACCUUUUCUGCUUGUUUCUUGCUGCCCUGCCAUUUCUGAUUAUAGAGUCUGGAGCUGUGAAACCCUACAGACGUGGUUUCUAUUGUUCAGAUGAGUCCAUCAAAUAUCCUGCCAAACACAGAGACACCAUCAGCGAUGGCGUUCUGUCAGCGGCCGGCAUGCUUAUCGUCAUUCUUUCUAUCACAAUAGGUGAGAGCUACCGAAUUCGAUACCUUCACAAAAGCUCCAACACGUUUGUCGGAAACCCAUACAUCUCCACUCUCUACAAGCAAGUUGGUGUGUUCAUGUUCGGCUGUGCGGUCAGUCAGUCUUUCACCGAUAUUGCCAAAGUCUCUGUGGGCCGCUUACGACCUCACUUCCUGGAUGUGUGCCAGCCCGAUUUGACGUCAGUGAAUUGUUCCCUGGGUUACAUCACUGAGUACAGGUGCACAGGAGAUGAUGGGAAAGUUCAGGAAGCCAGGAAAUCCUUCUUUUCUGGCCAUGCCUCAUUCUCCAUGUACACGAUGCUGUAUUUAGCUUUGUACCUGCAGUCCCGGUUAUCCUGGCGAGGUGCUCGUGUUCUCAGACCGCUCUUUCAGUUCACCCUGAUCAUGAUGGCGUUUUACACCGGGCUGUCACGCGUCUCUGAUCAUAAACAUCACCCCAGUGACAUACUCGCAGGCUUUGUUCAGGGAGCUCUCGUGUCGUACUGCACUGUGUUUUAUGUGUCGAACCUCUUCAGGUCAAAAGUCAGGAGCUCUUCUUUACCAGAUGCCACCAGAAAGAUAGACCGUCUGUUAUCUGUAGACAUUAGGGAGCGGACCAACCAUCUCACUAUAGCAUAAUGCCUACUGUGACUGGAUUCAAUCAGAUUGGCUGAAGCUGAAUACAGUAGAUGUAUGUACAAGUAUAGAUGUAUAAGGAAAUUGACACCACUAUACAAUCAACAUUUAGUGCCAUCUGUGAUGUAUAACUUUAUGCUAUACAUUUUUCUCGCAGCAAACAACAACCUUUUUAUUUUCAACUGCAGGAAAUAACAUGACAGACAUGAUAUAUCUCGUAUCAUGAAGCAUACAUUAUAUACUUGAAAACUUUCCUUUUUUUAAACAACUUCCUGUGCCUCUGGAAGGAUGAUUAGUUGAAAUGAUUAAACAAUAGACAGUUACUUGUAUAACAAUGUGAAUACAGAGCAUAUUCAGAAGACUUGAAAAUCUGUAUCUAAUGUUUAAAACUGUGCAACUGUCCAUUACUCUGUUUUUGUGUACAGUGUGUUGUUUUGUGUAUAGAAAAGCAAGAUUGUCAUGUGUGAUAGUAAACAGCUUGCGAUUGAAUGGAUGGGCAGAUUUUACAGAGCUUCCUUCUGCUGGAUAGAAGGUAAAAAACAAACGCUUGCACUGUAAAAAAAUACUUUGCUACCUUAAAUUUUUUUGUUAAAUCAACUCAAAUUUACAAGUUAUGUCAACAGAGAUGAAUUGUCACAACUUAUAAAAUAUAGUUGAGAAAAGUCAACUUAAUAUUAUAAGUUAUAACAACUUGCCUGUAGUUGUAACAACUCAUCUCUAGUCAAGAUAAAUAAUAGUAAGUUGAAAUGACUUGUAAAUUUGAUUUGAUUCAACAAAAAUUUUUAAGGCAGCAAAGUAUUUUUUACAGUGUGUAAAUCUUUGUAAUUCUGAAGUUUUGUUUACAUACAACGUUUAAAUGCAGAAACCAACAACUUGUAUCUAUGUUUGUGUUUUGCUUUGUAUUUAGUGGCACUGCUAUACCAAACCAUUUUCAUAAAGUGCGUAUAAAUAGCACGCGGUCUGUAAAGUUGUGUAUUGCCAAAUUUCAGUUUUGGGUGCAUAUGAUACGCCAGUCUUUCCCGUUAACUUAAUACAGUGCAUCUUUUCGUGUAGUUUUAUGUAUUUAUUUUUAUUAAACCAUUGUAGCUUGGUGUUGGAUUUUUUUAGAUUUUCUUUAGGAUGUCAUUUAGGUUUCUCCAUGUUUUUGUAAAUUUUUUUAAACCAUGGUCACUUUGAGUUGGGGUUAGAAUUGGGGUUUGGCUUAGGAUGUCAUUUUAUGUAACAAAAAGCUGUUCUAACCUCAAACCUAAGUGACAAUGGUAAAAAAACUGAAACGAAGACGAAAAGAUGUGCCGUAUUAAAGUGCACCUAUUUCACUGCUAUAAAACAAUGUUAUUUUGUGUAUUUAGUAGGGAUGGGCAUGAUUAAUCGACGAUCGAUAGUUGAUCGUUAAGAAUUUAGUCGAUGACGUUAAUUUGUUAUUGAUGAAUCGAAUCCUUUUUUUUAUCUAAUGCAGGUUGCGUUGCCUAGCGUAGCGUGUGUCUUGAAGCAAUUAAAUUAUGGCGCUUUUGCAUAGUACCCCACGGUUUAGUUUAGUUUGGGUCGGGUCAGCUCACCUCACUUUGGCGUGGUUAGCUUUUCCAUCGAGUUUAGUAUCGCUUCGGAGUGGGAGGGAUUAUAGGCGUGUCGUUAUAUUUACGCUGCCUACUGCUGUGACAUCAUACACGUGAGAGCGUUGUUGUACAUUCCCAUACAUUCAUUUAUUUCUCAGUCUGCCACAAAAUUAAAAUUGGCCACCACAAAUAGAUGUUUGCACAUCGCGUUUAUAACUACCUCUGUCUCACAUGACAGUUUCUGUUCAAACACCCGACCCGUGGCGUCAGUCGACGGCGCUCCGCUGAGCCUCAUUCAAGUUGCAUAUAAGCAUAUAUAAUGCGGACGUGCACGUCGCGAAUGUGCCGCCACAAACUGCAAGUCUGGAAAAACUGUUAUGGUUUCCCGGAUUCUCAACCUGCGGAUGUUUUUCAUCGCUAAAAGGGUGUUUGGAAACUUAUAGCAGAACACAGAUAACAACAUGUUUGCAUGAGACAGCGCAAGCUAGCAGUAAGCUAAAGCUAAUAUUUACAUUAUAGCGAUGACGUGACGAUUCUCUCAGACCAAUCAGUGAUCUACAGUGUUUUCGCGUCACGUUUGGUAUCAGCUCGGGUCGCUUGGGACCCCAACCGAGGUGGUACGAAAAAAAGUAUCGGGUACUACGUACUGCACCCAAUGGAAAAGCUCCCAAAAGUAAGCUGACCCG